CCGGGGACGGCUGGGCCGGGAGCGCGCGCAGCGGCCGCGACAUGGCCCCGCGUGCGGCCCGUCGGCGCGGCGGCGCAGCUCGGUGACGUCAUCUCGGUGCGCGGCUCCGGGAGCGCGAUGGCGGCGGCGCGGCGCGAGGGGCCCGGGCCGGCGGCGGCCAAGGCGGGCGCGGCGUCCCGCGGGCCCGGCCGAAAGCGGCGGUGGAGGCCCGUCCUGCUGCGCAGCGUGGUCGGCAGCGUCCAGGAGGGACGAGGAUUUGCGUUUCGGAGGAAACAAAAGAUUGAACAACAGUACAGGAAAUUAUUGAAAAAGAGAAGACAAGUGCAUUCCCAGCAGGCUGACCAGUUUACUGAUACCUAUCCAGAGCACUUGAAACAUCUUUACCUUGCCGAGGAGGAAAAGCUUAAGAAGCGGAGGAGGACUCCAGAUGAUUCGGUGUCAUCAGAAGAAAAGCUUAAUAAAGCAGCAGAGUCAGUUGUGACUCAAGAGAAGUUUAAAAAUAAAACGUCCAAUCAGAAGGCAAAAGAAGAGUAUGAGAAAAUAAAGGCUGAGCGUGCUAGAAAGAAAGAGGAAGCAGAAAAAAGAAAACAACAAAGGGAAGAAGCUCAGCGUUUGUACAAGAAAAAGAAAAUGGAAGCUUAUAAAAUACUGAGUAAGAAGACAAAGAAAGGACAGCCAAAUCUAAAUUUACAAGUAGAAUUUCUUCUUCAGAAAAUACAGAAAAAUACAUAACCCAUGCAUGUAUUUAAGUUAGCUGUGGACAUUUUAUUAAAUUACUUUUAAUAAAUAAUGUCUUUUUGCUUCUGUAUUACUUUAGUUAUUGCUUUGAUUUAUCCCAUCAGUCCAGUAAUGAUAUAUUCAUCAUUCAUGCUGAGAGUGAAAGGGAUCUGUGUUUCUAAACUGAAAUUCUAUUAGCUGUGUGACAUCUUGAAUUCAAAAUAACAGGCUGUAGCACUAUCUGACCACGAAUCUAAUACUUCCUGCAAUUGUGACUACUAAAAUUGCACUCACUUGGGAGGACUAAAAUGAUGCGUGUGACAUGUUUCAUAUCUCAAGAACUGCCAGUCCUAGGAGCAUGUUUUGUGUGCACUUGCAUACGUUUGGCACAUGAAAACAAAGUACAUGUGCUAUACUAGGAUGGCUAUUAUCUGUCAUUCUCCACAAAGAGUAAAAACUUGCCAAAGGUCCAGGAAUGGUUUGGUAAAGAUCUCGAUAAAAUAAUUGUUGGCCCAUUCAUAAAGCUGCUUUGUAACUUGUAACAUGUGAAUUGCUCUACCUUUUGUGUAUAGCUUUGUAAUGAAAUUUGUUUUCUUUGAUGUAGCUUUUAAUUAACAGCAGUUUGGAUCAAUAUUUUCAAGUCUGGGUUUAUGGUUUAACCCCUCCAAAAGAGGGGUUAUCCCUACAUUUGCAUCUAUUUUUUUAGUAUCUUGCCAUCAACCCAGUUGAGAAACUAUAGUUGAGGAUCCCACUUUGUGGUUGCUCACUGGUGACAGGACAGUUUUCCAGGGAGGAAUGGAAGAAGCUGCCCUCCACAGCUGGCCAUCCCCUUGGCAGGAAGUUAUCUGGUCUCAGCUUGUAGGAUUAGCUGUGCACAUAGGAAUUCUCCUUUCGGUGUGCACACAGUGUAUCUGAUGUGGCCAAGAUUCAUCAGAUGUAUUGCAGGAAGCUGAUUGUGCAGAUACUGAGCAUUUGAAGCUUCUAGAAAUUUUACAACAUGUUUACAUGCAGGGCACAAAAUCAGCUUUCUCAGCAUCCCUGGGUGUUGACAACACGACUUCCAAGUCUGGAUCCACGCUACUGCAUAUUUAAGUUAUGUGAAAACAUUUGGUCAUCAAACUUCAUCAGACAAUGUUCUUGGAUACAAAAAAUUCACUAACACCAAAGAUUUAAUAACCCUAUUUUUUAAUAAAUAAAAGCCAACCUUAUCUUUUAUAAA